AUGGACACUCUGGUGGAAAUUCCUUUUGUUCAGACAUGCCAUAUAUGUGACAAAUUAUUCACCCAAGAACACUCGUACAAACGUCACGUCAAGUAUUGUCAGCGUGCGCAAAUUCAUCGAAAAGGCCGUCCAAAGUCAUGCGCAGCUUGCAGGAUAGCUAAGGCAAAAUGCAGUUUUGGUCAACCGUGUUCACGGUGUCAAAAGAGGAAUGUGCCAUGCAUAUACCAACAACAAUCUUGUGACGCAAUUGUGUCAGAGAUGGGACAGAAGGAACAGAUUGAUGAUUCAGGCCAUACCUAUUCACAACGCCUAGACUACGCUGUGGCUACCGAGUCUAUGAGUACCUCUUUCGACUUCAAUGAUAUAAUGGUUGACUGGUCAGUACCUUUGAACACGCUCUCGACAUCCCAGCCGAGCACAUCUUAUAAAGAUUUAUCGUUCUGGGAUAUCUCUAGCGAUCUCCAAAUAAGCAUGGUACCAAAAUCACUUAGUGCUAAAGGAGAUCUGACUCGGGUACCCCGUCGCCUAUCAAACCUACAGCACGCAUCACGCAUCGUUAUGCAGAUGCUAUACGCAUACCCUCAGAUGAUGCUUCGUCGGCAAACAUUUCCACCAUUCAUUCAUCCUCAAUGGCAUCAACAAAUUCUCCCAGACACGCUUGGUAACUGUAUGGGUAUUGCCCAGCUAUUUGCAUCAAGAACGGCCGAGACUGGGCCAUUUCUAUGGAAGAUGAUAAAUGCUGAACAGAACCGCCUCCGAGAUAAGCUGUGUACGUUCACCCCUUGGGAGGUUCACAUGUGUCUGCAGGUUAUGAUCAUCUACAUGAUCAUGGCGAUGAGCGAUUCCAACACAGACAAUAAAGAGCGGAUUCGCACAUUAUUUGAAACAGUCGAGCUUAUCGGAUCGCGCUUCCUCAACCUCACAGGCAGUUACUCUAGCUCAGAGAUGACGGAACCUAGCACUACAUGGGAAGACUGGAUUUUUGCCGAAUCGCGUCGCCGCAUGUGCUGCCUGUGGCUGAUAAUAAGUUGCGUCAUCAUUAUUGAGGACGGCCGAACAUGCAGCCGAUGUGGCGCUGCGGAAGAUCUUGCCCUGCCAUCAAGCAAAAUGCUUUGGGAAGCGCGAACACGUGAGGAAUGGCAAAUAGAAAAGAAUGUCUUUGACGCUGGCUGUGCUGUGCUGACUUUGGGUGAGCUUGUCGGCGCAAUGACAAAUCAGGGAGGUUCCGAUACAAGACAGAAGUUACAAGAUUGGGAGACUGGGAGUGAUAAUUUGGCUGCAAUGUUGAAUGUUGUUGUUGAAUUCGUCUGGGGUCAGGUUUUAUAA